AAAGCUCUUGUAUAUCCAAAUUAACAUCUAGCUUAGCAACAUAAUAAACGAAACUCGUAUUCUUCCAUCACUCUUUCAAUGGCAAACCAAUCACCACCCUUUGCCACCCCCAUCAUUGGCCCUCACUACUGUUCCCCAGGUCCACAUCCCGUUGAUCUGAUAAUCGCAAAGGAAAGGACUAUAGGUGAUAACUUCACUGUGACAGACGUUAAUGGCAACAUCGUUUUUACUGUUCAGAGCAAUCUGGUUACCUUUGUAACACCCCGCCAACACCUCUUUUUAAUUGACGCUAAUGGAAAUCCCAUUGUGCAUCUUCGCAGAGCGGUAAAUUCAUCAACUAUUUAAUUAGAUACAAGUUAA